AUGAUUCGAUCAAACGGAUAUCCGGUUGAAUCUCAUGUAGUUCAAACCACAGACGGAUAUCUCCUCACAGUGCAUCGUAUUCCGUAUGGAAAGGCUCCUCAAGCAGGGCCACGAGAGGAUAAACCUGUAGUACUUUUGGUGCAUGGUGUAUUAUCAUCAUCUACCGAUUUUGUAGUAAUUGGACCGGGAAAUGCUUUAGGCUACCUCCUAGCAGAUCAAGGGUAUGACGUAUGGAUGGGAAAUUGCAGGGGAAAUACUUAUUCCCGAAGACACAUCAGCCUCAAUCCUGAUACUUCUUCAAAGUUCUGGGAUUUUAGUUUCCACGAAUUAGCUCUAUAUGACCUACCAGCUACAAUUGACUAUAUCUUGAAAAAAACUGGGCGGAAAAAGCUGAGUUAUGUUGGACACUCUCAAGGAACAACGAGCAUGUUUGCAAUGCUCUCAUUGUUGCCUUCAUACAAUGAUUUAAUAGUUUCCGCUCAUGCUCUUGCUCCUGCAGUUUUAUUGGGACACCUAAAAAAUCCAGCAGUUCAUAUUGUAAUCAAUAUACUCGAUAAAUUCGGUUUACUCAUUGGAUACGAUGAAUCUUUGGAAAAUUUUGAAGCACUACCGAGUAAUUAUAUUACUCAAUUAACUGGAAAUGUGUUAUGUAGAGACGGUUCACCAGUGCAAGAGUUUUGUGUCCGUCUUAUGCAUCUCUUUUUUGGUGAUGAUCCCAUGCAAAUAAACAGGACUCUUAUUCCACUAUUUACGUCUAAUGUUCCUGCUGGAGCCUCAUUUAAGUCUGGAAUACAUUUUCUUCAACUCUCCAAAUCUGGUCAUUUUAGACCAUUUGAUUACGGUCCUGCUGAAAAUAUGAAGAAAUAUGGAUCAAGAACUCCUCCAGAUUACCCGUUUGACCGCAUAACAGCCCCAAUAUCCCUCCAUUAUGGUGAAAAUGACUGGGAUGUAGCUGCAGAAGAUGUUGAAAUUCUAGGUACCCGAAUUACUAAUCUUAUCGGAGCAUUCCGAGUGCCUUUUGCAAAAUUUAAUCAUGCUGACUUCUUAAUAGCUAAAGAUGCUAAAAAUUUAGUGUACGAUGAUUUAAUUGCACUAAUUAAUCCGGAAAUUAUUCAAUCAAAUGGUUAUCCUGUUGAAUCGCAUGUAGUUCAAACCACAGACGGAUAUCUCCUCACAGUGCAUCGUAUUCCGCAUGGGAAAACCCCACAAGGAAGACUACGAACAAAUAAACCAAUUGUACUACUGCAACAUGGUUUGUUAUCAUCGUCUGCUGAUUGGGUAAUGAUUGGACCGGAAAAUGCUUUGGGGUACCUCCUGGCAGAUCAAGGAUAUGACGUCUGGCUGGCAAAUUCAAGGGGAAAUACUUACUCGAGGAAUCACAUAAAGCUCAAUCCUGAUAAUUCUUCCAAAUUUUGGGAUUUCAGUUUCCACGAAAUGGCUCUACAUGAUCUACCAGAUACAAUUGACUACAUCUUGAAGAGAACUGGGCGGAAGAAGCUGAGCUAUGUUGGCCACUCUCAAGGAACAACGAUCAUGUUCGCAAUGCUCUCAAGUCGACCUUCUUACAAUGAUUUAAUAGUUUCAGCUCAUGCUCUCGCUCCUUCGGCAUUCUUGUCACAUUUAAGAAAUCCAGCAGUUCGCAUCUCUAGUCUCCUUUUGCUUGACAGAUUGGGUUUACUCGUCAAUUUUAUGGGAAAUUUUGAAGUUCUACCGAGUAUUUAUUUCUUUCAAAUGACUGGACACCUUAUGUGUGCAGAUGGUUCACCACUUCAGGACUUAUGCUCCCUUCUUCUGUAUCUUGGUUUAGGUGAUGAUCCCAUGCAACUUAAUAAGGUAAUUCAUGAUGCACAGAGUCUCGUAAAAAAAUUUAUGUAA